UCUCGCGUGUUCGCACGGGGAACAUCGCUCGCGCGCGUCUUUUGCCAAGGCCCCAACUCCGGCCCCGAGUCCUCGGACUUUCCAUUACCGACAAGGAUAUUCGUUGGCGUAAAAUUGCACUUUCGCGGUGAGAGGUGAAUUGCGCGCGGUUCCUCGCGCCCGGGCCGAGCCGCGUUCGGCUAAAUGAGAGUCCGUCGCGGAUAAUACGAAAAUACUCGGUCCUCUUCUUUCCCAUCCUUUCCUCUUCCGCAUCCGUCCCUUCUCCCUUCUCCCCUUUGUUUAUCCUGUUCCCGACGCAGAUCGCGAGUACAUGAUCCGCGGGCGUUUCGUAAUUACACGGAGAACGGACAUGGCCGACCGUUUCUGGAGACUGGCCCUGUGCUGGUUAUGCAUCGUCGGACUCGCAAACGCCAAUGUGCAAAGCAAAGUGAGAUGUACCAAGCAAUUGAUGGAGGUGGAUAUAGUGAGGAGUAGUCCGCAGGCGAAGAUAUAUCUCCAACAAUUCAAGCAUUUUCCGGACGAGGCUUGUAAGCCGCAGUUUCACGACGGCGUAGCCACGUUUAAAUUAUCGCUGCUGGAACAGGACAUGUUACGGUGCGGCAUCACAAGGGUCCUCAACAAAGUCACGGGUCAAAAGAUGUACUAUCAUCGGGUAAUAGUGGAGGAGCCAGCGGAUUCCAGCAAGCACACGUUCACGGUGAAAUGCGUAAUCACCGAAGUUGUCGUGGAGCCAGAAAUCGCCGUCGCGGCCAAUCACACGGCGGUACGGCGGAGCGUUCUUCCGGCGGGCUUUCAGGAACCUGAAGUGAUCGACAUACGUGAGGAGAUUCAAAAAUCGGCACCAGUGCCGAUUCUCGGCGUCGGAGUGAGGCAGGGUGGAGUCUUGGUGACCGGCGAGCUCAACGUCAGUCCCGGCACGCCGUUGCAGAUGGAAAUAUUUUUGGACAACGAUUCGGCGCCGAUCUACGGCCUGCUGGUGACUUACAUGUUGGUCACCGAUACCAAGACGCAGGAGGAAACGAUUAUUAUUAACGGGUGCUCCGUCGAUCCUUACUUGUUCGAAAAUUUCAACACCGUGGAUGGCGACUUCCUGACGGCGAAAUUCCGGGCCUUCAAGUUUCCGGAAAGCACCUACGUCCAAUUCCGCGGCACCGUUAACGUCUGCUUGGACAAGUGUCCAGGGAUCGAAUGCAGCAACGGCCAGAUCGGUUUCGGCAGGAAAAGGCGAGCCAUUGAGAUGUCCAACACCGACAAGAAUAAAUUGUUCGAGGUAACCAUGUCGACGUUCAUCAAGGUCGAUUCCGCGGAUGACGUCAUGAUUGAUAAAGUACUUUCGGGAUUCAUCAGGAAGGGGAAGAACAGGACGCACACGAAGGAGAGGGCGGUAGUCGCCGAGGAAGUCAGGGAGCAGUCCGAUCCGACGACAAUUAGAACGCACGAAAGAGCGUUCCUCGCGGAAGAGAUAAAGGAACAGUUUAAAUAUAAGGUCACCGAAGUGGUACUCAAUGGUUCCUCGUGUAGUGCACUGAGCUUGUCUCUCCUUUUGGUUCUUCUUUGCUUUUACAAAUUCCUGUAGAGAAUGAAAUUCUUGUUUCCUGACAAACAUGAUCGCUAACUGUAAAUAAGACGCAGUCUGAGAUAUAUUAAAAACGUGGAUAAAAGUGUCGCUUUCGGAAAUGACAAUUAACUUGCUCACUAAUAAUUGAGAGACUCCCCGAUCGUCGUAACAGCAGAUCACUAAUUAUAUAAUGGUGAUCAUAUAGACUGUAUAAUCAAAAUACAAGUAUGUCUAAAAAGAAGAGCAUUGAAUGAAAUUCGAUUUAAAAUGUCGAUGUUUCAAGGUACGCAUUUCCUCAAGUGAAAAUUUGUCUUCAAUGUAAAACUGUCGUCCAUAUUGAAACAUUUUUAUGCGUGAUACUAAAAUAUAUUUAACGAGAAUCAAAUGUUAGGCGACAAGUUCGAUAAAAUUAAAUUAUCGAAUUUGAAAUUCAAAGAAAGUUUACAAAUGGAUUAACUAUCUUGGCGCUAACAUAAUAAACAGUAACGUACAUGAUUUCUCCGCUCUGCGACCGCCGAAUUUUCAAUCACGACGUUUCAAUUUUAGUUUUAUUAUACUUUUUUUUAAUUAUAUAUCGCAAGUAAUUGCCGUAUCUCUUGAUAGAGUAACUGCCAAAAGAAAAUUGGCCUUUGCGAGUGGAGAAAGACGAAGACCUAGUCGUGCGACGAGGUGUAAUAUUAAAAUGCGACUUAAUUAAUUACUAAGUAAUUAUUAAUUGCGUAUAUUUGUAAUCUCAGUUUAAUUAUUAUGUUAAAUAAAUCGAUAGCAGACGAGGCACAGCGAUCA